AUGGCUGCCCAGUCGAGGUACGGCAUUGAGCAACUUUUACCGCUGGCGGUGGGUUUCGUUGAAGGCACGUCAUGUCGCUUGUACAAUGAGGACAGAAACUUGUUGCGUAUUCGAGAGAAAGAGAGGCGGAAUCAGGAAGCUCUGCAGGAGAAAGACAAGUUCCCCGAGAAGACUCCCCUCUUUGCAGAACCCUACAAGACUAAUAAAGAAGAUGAGUUGUCAAGCCGAAUUCAGAACAUGCUGGGCAAUUAUGAGGAGGUCAAGGAGCUCAUCAGCAACAAGUCUCAUCAGAAUCUCAUAGGGAUUCCAAAAUGUGUUGCUCCUCUGAUCCCACAAGGAAAGCCUGAUCGCCCAUAUUUCCCUGAAAAAAGCAGCCAUAAUUUACCAGCUUCAUUCCACCGCGGAACCCGCCAUCCACCCAUGGGACCUAUGGUUGUAGCUCCUCCCCCUCCUAGCCACUCCAUUCACUACCAAAAGGCACAGUCAAGAACAGAACCAGCUUCAGGUUUGCACACCAAGAGUCACAGCUUAUCUAACGGUUGGAGUCAAGGUCAAGAACACAAAUGUGGUGUCCAGGAAAGUCACGCAAAUUUUCACCACAAGAGAAAUGAUAGGCGUGCAGUUGGUGAAGGUCGUGCUAAUGAACUGCAGGCCUCCCUUUUGGCACUUUCUCCAUUGCUGUCAUCUUUGUCUUCUCCAGUGACACCCCUGUCACCUCUACAUUCCAGCCAGCAUAUCAAUUCCAGGUCACAGAACAGCAGCAAAAGUCAUGGGCUGACCUACAGUCAAACAAAAUCAUCUCAGGACGACCUAGUAACAGGAUCACAGGAAAAGGAAAGUCGGGACAGCUCAGCUGUUAACCUGACCAGCAUCACUCAGCCUUCGUCUCAGACUUUUCCCCCACCUUUGCCAUCAAAAACCAGUGCAAUGCAGCAGAAACCAACUGCCUAUGUCAGACCAAUGGAUGGCCAAGAUCAAGCACCAGUUGAAUCACCAGAGCUCAAACCUCUGCUGGAGGAAUACCACGGAGAACCCAAUGAAAAAAUCUCAGAUUUGAAGGCGAACGCCAAAGCCAAACUAUCCAAAUUGGAAAUCCCUUCUGAGCCCAUAGAGCAAACCUUCCCCAGUGAUGUCCACUCCAUUGAAGAAAUUUUGAAGGAAAUGACCCACUCAUGGCCACCUCCCCUGACAGCUAUUCAUACGCCUAGUACAGCAGAGCCUUCCAAAUUUCCGUUCCCAACAAAGGAAUCACAGCAUGUUGGAUCUGUAGCACAGAAUCAGA